AUGAACCUUAAGUUGGUUUUUAUUCUUUUACUCUUACCAAUUAUCAUAUCAGCAGAAUGCACAUGCGAAAAAUCAAAUAAUUAUCAAGAAAGCAAUCACAACAAAUCUCUAGCCCUCAAAUUCAAACUAAUCGCAAUUGUUGCAAUUUUAGGUGCAAGUGUGUUAGGUGUUUGUCUUCCAUUAGUAGGAAGGUUUCAGCCCGAAAGCAACUUAUUCUUGGCUAUCAAAUUUUUUGCAGCCGGUGUGAUAUUAGCAACGGGUUUUGUUCAUGUGCUUCCCGAUGCUAACGAGAGUUUGGAUAACCCUUGUCUGGGCGACAAAGGUUGGGGAGAUUUCCCUUUAGGGAAUGCCGUGGCCAUGUUGGCCGCGGUAUUUGUGAUGAUAGUUGAAAUAUUGAUUACAAGUUGGUUUAGUAACAAAAAAGUUGUGCAUGAGGGAGAUUUAGAGAAAAAUGAUGGCCACAUUCAUAGUACACAUACAUCUCAUGGCCAUGCACAUGGGUCCAAUAUUUUGGAUUCGGGCUCGUCGGAGGUUCUUUUCCGUCACCGGGUUAUUUCAUACGUGCUAGAAGUGGGGAUUAUAAUACAUUCUGUAAUCAUUGGAAUAUCAUUGGGGGUUUCAUGUCGUCCAAAAAUGAUCAAACCACUUAUUAUUGCAUUGAGUUUUCACCAAAUGUUUGAAGGCAUGGGUCUUGGAAGUUGCAUCACUGAGGCCCAAUUUAAAUUAAAGAGGAUUGCAACAAUGUUGAUAUUCUUCUCUCUUACAACCCCAAUUGGGAUCGUUAUCGGGUUUGGAAUCUCCAAAAUAUAUGAUGAAAAUAGCCGAAAAGCUCUCAUUGUUCAAGGUCUACUUAACGCUGCGUCUGCCGGGAUACUUAUUUAUAUGGCACUUGUAGACUUUCUUGCAAUGGAUAUCAUGAAAUCAAAAGUUCAAGAAAGUGUAAAGCUUAAAAUUCUAGCAUUUAUUUCUCUUCUUUCAGGAAUAGGUGGCAUGUCUCUUUUGGCCCUAUGGACUUGA